AUGAGGUUCACGUGUGAGCAGGAGGGCACCCACAACGACCUGGCGACCCUGUUCCUGUCCAGCGGCCACGACACCAUUGUGCACCUGUUCAGCGUGGGGGCGGUGCCGGGGCAGCCCUGGGUGCGGCACUUCACGCAGGGCUCCCUGGUGCUGUUCCUGGUGAUCUACGUCAUUCUGAUGUCAUUCGGCGCCGGCACCGCCAUCCCCGGCGGCCUCUUCGUGCCGUCAAUCCUGGCGGGCGCCACCUCUGGCGGCCUCGUGGGCAGCUGGCUGCGGAUGUGGCUGCCGGGCUGGAACAUCCAGCCCGGGCUGUACAGCCUCAUGGCGGCCACGGCCACCCUCGGCGGCGUGUUCAGGGCGCCUGCAUGA